AUGCAACUCUCCACUCCUCUGAGACAGUGGUCCAGCCUCCUCCAGCUGCCUCCCAGAGCGCCCCAGUCCAGCAGGACCCAGUCCAGGAGGACCCAGGACAGCAGGAGCCAGCCACUCCAGACCGCGAGCUGCUCCAGGCCUGGAGGUACAACAGCUGAGGGUUACGAAGAUGUGGUGAGGCUGGCUGACAGCCUGGUGGAGCUGCGCCACUACAUGUUCGCAACCCACGCCAAGGCUCAGGAGAUCGUGGCCUUGUGGCAGAAGCUGCCUGCCCAGGACAAGCAGGCUCUUGACUUCCCCGCCCGGCACAGGGACAAGCAACCGACGGGGAAAUACAAGGUGUCCUACAGAAGGACCACGACCUGCGUCGGUUUUGACAGCCUUAGACGGAGCUGGCUGUGGAGACGUGUUACUGAUAAGCUGAUUGGUGUCCGUCACGUGUGCGUACGGAAACGACAUCGGCCUCGGCCAGUGGCCCAGCACCAGCAGGGUAGUGGAGGCCAUUUGUGUCCGGCUGUGCUGGGAGCACCUGGAGGGCCGGGUUGGGGGCAAGAGGAGCAACCGCUGGACGCUCGUCCUGAGCGAUUACACCAUAAAAAGAGAAAUGUCAUCACAAACGAGGACAUUAUGACUCCCACCCGGCUCCAGCUUUUCAAGAUUAACCAGAGGACACUGACUCAGUGGUACGAUCAGAGGGGGAAGGCGAUUGAGCUGAGGAUGCUAGAGCAGUACAUCCCGGCAUCCAUCGUGUCCAUGGAUGCCUCCAGCCUGCUGCCCCAUGCCAGGCCGCUGCUGGGGACUCCACAGAAACGUUACGACCCCCUGGCCUACGAGGACCCUGAGAACACCACAGGUCAGGGGGUCGUCGGGCAGAGAGAGGUGCAUCCUCCCUCUCCUCCCUCCACCACCACUAGCAGCAGUAGCCACCACCAGCCGCCACCACCACCAGCAGCAGCCACCUCCGCCGCCUCCUCUCUGCCUCCACCAAACCCCCCCCCCCCCUCAUCUUCGCUCCACCAAACCCCCCCCCCUCAUCUUCGCUCCACCGGUGUAUUUUAUCCGGCCGCCGCCCCCCCCAACCCCAACCUCUUCCUCCUCUCCCAACCCAACCACCCAGACCUCCCGACAGACCUACAUACAUUCUUCCCACCCCUCAGCCCACCACCUGGUCCCAGCCAGCACCACAUCCUCUCCCUGUCCCCGUCUCCACGGCCUGGAGACGAGGAAAGAGGGAGAUGGAGAGGAGAGAGGAGGAGAGGAGAACAGGACUUAAUCCUCCUCCCAAAAAGAGGGCCACAUUUGUGGUUAAGUGCAGCCUCUGUGGGAAACGCUGGACCGCCAAGUUUGGCCACCGCUGCAAGCCAGACGAGCUGGGUCUGCUUAGCGACGUUGAGCGGCCUCACUGCAGAGGAGUGGGUGCAGAGGAAUGGGCACAGUGAGUGAGUGAGUUUUCUGGGGAGCGUGUCAGCGGUUCAAUGUAUCAUUACAUAGUGCAGUUGUUGUGCAUGUGCUAUUGUUUAUGUUCAUUUCAGUUACGUUAUGUUGUUCCUUCGUAUUGUGUUACCGUGCAUUCACACCCAGUGCCUUUCUUUCCUCCUGACUGUAUCUUGCAAGCCACACAUCGCUACAGCGGGAUGAACCCAAAAUAAUAAUAAUAAAAAUAAUAAUACAAUAAACGGAUCAAAAUAAUGCUGAAA